AUGUCUCCAUCAACUGUUGUACUCAUCACCGGUGUCAAUAAAGGUAUCGGCAAGGGACUUCUGGAAAAGUACCUCGCUCGACCCAACCACACUAUCAUCGGUAGCGUACGAGAGACCAAAGCCUCAGCAUCGCAAGACCUAGACAAAAUUCCUAAGGCAGAAGGCUCCAGGCUCCUCCUCGUUGGCAUCGAUAGCAUCUCAUCAACAGACACUCUUCAAGCCUUCAAGGACGUCGAAGCAGCUGGCAUUGAGCAUGUAGACCUUAUCAUCGCCAACGCUGGCAUGGGUCCGAUGCCACCCAAGAAGCUGGACGCCGCUGAAAUCGAGACCGUAGAAUAUGCCCUACAGGUCAACACCCUAGGCCCCAUCCGUCUCUUCCAGGCAUUCAAGCCGCUUCUCGAAAAGUCCAGUUCGCCGAAGUGGGUCUCGGUGUCGAGCGGUGCUGGGUCUAUCACCAACUGUGAGAAGUACAUGGCGUUCUACGCCGGUGCUUACGGUGUGUCCAAGGCUGCUCAGGACUGGUUUACCAUAGCUAUUCACGCUGGCAACCCCUCGCUGGUCGCAUUUGCCAUCCAUCCUGGCCACGUGCAAACGGAUAUGGGUAACAUCGGUGCACGGAUUGUGGGACUUAAAGAAGCACCCCAUACUAUCGAGGAGAGCACUUCGAAGACGAUGGACUUGAUUGACAAAGCAACCCGCGAAGGUACCUCGGGCAAGUUCAUCAAUGUCAUCAAUGGCCAGGAAAUUCCCUGGUGA